AUGGGCGCUUCCGGCAGCGGAAAGACAUCGAUGCGGUCUCUAAUCUUCUCAAACAAUCCAGCAUCCAUGACAGCUCGUCUAGGCGCAACAAUCGACGUCGAGCAAAACCAUGUCCGUUUCCUCGGUGACCUUAUUCUCAACCUCUGGGACUGUGGCGGUCAAGACGCAUUCAUGGACUCUUAUCUCACCACCCAACGAUCAACCAUCUUCCAGCACGUCGGUGUCAUGAUCUACGUAUUCGACGUCGAGACGCGUGAGAUGAACAAGGACCUCGAAUAUUACCGUGACUGCCUAGAAGGACUGCGGCAGUAUAGUCCAGGCGCGGCUAUCUUCUUAUUGGUGCAUAAAAUGGAUUUAGUAAGGGAGAACAAGCCGGUGACGUUCGGUAAAAAGCACAAGGAGCUCCAGGUGGCAAGUGGUGAUGCCGACAUAACCGUGUUCGGGACAAGCAUAUAUGACGAGAGCCUUUACAAGGCCUGGUCCAGUAUCGUACAUACAUUAAUCCCCAACGCCGCCGUCCUGUCGAAACACCUCACCACCUUCGCAGAGGUAUGUUCGGCAACUGAAGUCAUCCUCUUUGAGCGCACGACUUUUCUCGUAAUCGCCACGUCCAACACUGCUACCGAAGACGUACAUAAACUCGACGGCACCCGGUAUGAACGAACGUCGGAGCUUAUCAAGGCAUUCAAACACUCGUGUUCCCGCGUCCGAGAGGAGUUUCAUUGCUUAGAAAUGGAGUUGCCAGACUUCACCGCCGUACUGGACGAAAUGACAAGGAAUACAUAUGUUAUGGUCAUCGCACAUGAUCCUUCAAUAGAAACCGGUGCACUAAAGCUCAACAUCCGUAUGGCUCGGCGCAAAUUUGAGCAGCUCCAAGGAGAUGGGCAGGUUCUAUGAUUCAACUCGAUAACGAACUAGAUAGAACACAUGACGACACCAUGAUAAUUUAUAUUCCCUAAAUCUGUAUUUACAAUCUUUAUGCACCGCAUCUCUUGGCGACA